AUAGUUUUAGUUGGCCACCCGACCCACCACCGAAGUGUCAGCUGAUGUAUGUUGUCGACUUUAAUCCGUUAGCUAGCUAAAUCGGCUGUUCUGUACUAGUGGUAGAACGAAGUGUCCAGUAGCGUGCAAAAUAUGUUGACCCUCAUCUCAAACGUGUUCCGACUUGGCAACGCCAGCAAGAAUGUGCUGCUGAUUGGCCUGUCCAAACACGUCGAUUUAACCUCACCGACCGACCCCAGCAACACCCUGACAACCACCAGUUAGUACCAGAGCACACAGACCUAAUUAGAACCAGUCAGUCGGAUCCAAACAGAGCAACCUGAACCUCAGCCACGUUCCUUCUGCAGAACCCCCAGUCCUCCUUUCACACUGUGGCCCAGGGCAGCGCUGGAUUUAGCCUUCGGGGGGGGCCAGGAUGGUGGUGUCCACACGCUUCUUCACUGACUUCACCCUACAGGCCAGCUUUGACAUCAAGAAGUGUGAGCUGCACCGUCUGGAGGCGGGCCCCUCUGAGACAGCGGUGUUGACCAGAGAACAGGGCCUCCAGUACUACAGGACCAUGCAGACCAUGAGACGCAUGGAGCUGAAGGCUGACCAGCUGUACAAGCAGAAGAUCAUCAGAGGCUUCUGCCACCUCUACGACGGACAGGAGGCGUGUGCGAUGGGCAUCGAGGCGGGCAUCAACCCAACAGACCACCUGAUCACAGCGUACCGCGCCCACGGCUACACCUUCACACGGGGUGUGUCCGUUAGAGAGAUCAUGGCUGAACUCACAGGUCGAAGAGGAGGUGUGGCCAAGGGUAAAGGUGGUUCUAUGCACAUGUACGCUAAACACUUCUAUGGAGGGAAUGGAAUCGUGGGGGCUCAGGUUCCAUUGGGUGCUGGUGUGGCCCUAGCCUGUCAGUACCAGGGCAACAACCAGGUGUGCGUGGCGCUGUACGGAGACGGAGCAGCCAACCAGGGCCAGAUCUUUGAGUCUUUCAACAUGGCGGCUCUGUGGAAGCUGCCGUGUAUCUUCAUCUGUGAGAACAACAAGUUUGGCAUGGGGACGUCUGUAGAGAGAUCCUCCGCUAGCACUGAGUACUUCAAGAGAGGAGACUAUAUACCUGGAAUCAAGGUGGAUGGCAUGGACGUGCUGUGUGUGAGGGAGGCCAUCAAGUUUGCUGCAGACUACUGCAGAGCCGGGAAGGGUCCUAUUGUGAUGGAGCUGGAGACCUACCGUUACCAUGGACACAGUAUGAGCGACCCCGGCGUUAGCUACCGUUCACGUGAGGAGAUCCAGGAAGUGCGCAGUAAGAGUGACCCCAUCACCAUGCUGAAGGAACGCAUGCUGUCCAACAACAUGGCUUCUGUGGAGGAGAUCAAGGAGAUAGAUGUAGAUAUCAGGAAGGUGAUCGAGGACGCGGCCCAGUUUGCCAUCUCUGACCCUGAGCCACCAUUGGACGAGCUCUGUAACCACAUCUUUGCCAACGAUUUGCCCAUGGAGGUCCGCGGGACCAACCCCUGGGUCAAACUGAAGUCUGUCAGCUAGACACACGCACGCACGAACGCACGCACGCACGCACGCACGCACGCACGCACGCACGCACGCACACACACACACACACACACACACACACACACACACACACACACACACACACACACACACACAAACCAAACCAAACCAAACCAAACUACUGUACACAAACCAAACCAAACCAAACCAAACUACUGUACAGUCUAUCAGCUACACAUCCCUUCCUACCCUCUGCAACACCAACCCCUGGGUGAAAGUCUACUCCUUCUCCUUCCCUUUUCUCAUUCCCUCGUUAGUUGUCUCUAAACGCACAACAUGAGAGGUCAUGACCCUGUAGUUCAGAGUUCAGUCUGUAGCAGCAUUCCAAACCAGUCCGUCUCUUCUGACCCUCUGUCACUGGUAUUUAUAGUAUGUAGUUUUAUAUUGAUGUGUUCUCCUGAUACUGAGGGACUGUAGGUGGGAGGUGUAUGGCUUAGGGCAGGCUGUUGUUCCAGUCUAGCACUAACACACCUGAUUCAAUCAGUCACCAAGACAUUUCUUAGCUGGAUCUAGUGUGUUCAUGCUGAUACUAAGCUUGCACACCCUAGAACACUUCAGAACCAGGGUUGACCACCCCAGGCUAAGGGUGUGUGUGUGUGUGGGGGUGGUUUUGGGUUAAACCAAGUCUCUCUGUUUCUAAUGCUCCCAUCUGUUAAUGUAUGACCUCUGACCCAGAUGUUAUUGUAGCACCGUAGCACUCGUUGCACUUUGAUAGAUAAAAUAACGAGACACCAGACUGCAAGUCGUUAUGUUAUCAUAGGAAAAGAGACAAGCAAUGUUAGUUCAUUUCUCUCACCUCCUUUCUCCCUCUCCUUCUCUGCCUCCCUCCCUCCUUCUCUCCGUGAGGAGCAGAUACCGAUCCAAGCUGAUAAACUGAAGAGGAACAUCUGUCAGAACUGAACCAUUGUAGUACUGUUGUGAUUUGAUUGGAGCAAUAAAGUUGGCUGAGUCUGUA